AGAUUAUCGGCGACGGUUGCGCUUGGUAAGUCGGCCGAUACGAUUGUCAGUAUGCGUAAGGCGAUAAGGUCAUUCGGUUUGUUACCGCGGAACUCAGAGAAGCGGUUGAACUCGAAGAGAGCGUACACGAGUGUCGUGCGUAUUCCUCUCGAGACGAUCUUGAAGAAAAAUAAAAUAUUCGGUGCGAAAAUUGUGUCGUCGUUGUUUACGUGCAAUAUCGUAACGUGUCGAGAGGAUGCGCUGCAGUGAAACUUGUUUUCCCAGAGAGAUUCGUCGAGAGAAAUACGGCUGAUGAUAACCCGUUACUUUUCCUGUCAAAAAGAAGCACGCAAAAGUGUCGGCGAUUUUAUUUUUUUCGAUGUUCUGGAUCGUGCGUACUCGACUCGUUAUUCAUAGAGUGACUACUCGUAGAGGCAAACAUACGAAACACUUUUGAAAAUUCGAAGACAUCGUGGGGGAUAGCUGUUCUACCCCUCGUGCAUGCGAGACUAUUAACGAAGGCCACGUGGACCAAGUCGGGAACUUGAAAAAAUAUGUGCCAGCAUGUCCGAAGCCGGCGCGCAAGAAGCUGCGAGCGAGAUCGAGAGGCAGGCGUCGGUUUACGUGUUCCCAGGACCGGGACCGAAUCACCAGUCCUAUCCCGGUUCGGCGUACGCGUCGAUGCAACCACCGACCGCCUUGAUUCCCGAUGUCUCGAUCGCGAACACGACCCCUUUGCCCGCAACGUUCGGCAAGUUCGCGAAGACCGAGGUCGACGGGAACGAGGCGCCAGGGAACAGAAUGAGACCGUGUCCGAGAACUCACGCCAGGUCAGCCAGUCACGGAGGAGUAUUGGCGGAUUGUCUGACGAACACUGGAUACCACGCACAGACGGGAUCGUAUCUUGGUCCCCUGUCAGCGAUAGGAAGUGCCAGACCGUCAGCCUUGAAGAAACCCGGUCACCAAAGGGCAUUCAGUCAAGGUCAGGUAAUCGAGGUACAGGGUCAUUCAGUCAUGGGACACAGCCGAGUUGGCUCCAGAACGGACUUUAUUCUUCCGCCUGGGCACAGAGAGGAAUCCAGGCCACCCACUGCUGGAAAGGUGCCCUCCUUUCGAGGUCACUCGCGACAAGCGUCCAGAUCAGAGUCGAUAUACACGAUAAGACGUAGCGAAGAACCUCCUUGGUGGAGAAAACUUUGGGCUCGAUGUUUCGGUCCGUUACCCGAUGAACCUCGCUUAAGGACAAUAGUACCAAAUCAUUUAAUAUCGCCGAAAACACCUCCGAGUCAGCAUCCUAAUGGCAAAAGAGUGAACAAUAGAGUACGCACAACAAAGUACACCACGCUGAGCUUCCUACCUCGCAAUCUUCUCGAACAAUUUCACCGUGUGGCCAAUAUAUAUUUUGUGUUUAUUGUACUGCUUAAUUGGGUGCCAGCUAUAAACGCGUUCGGCAAAGAAGUAGCCAUGAUACCUGUAAUCUUCGUGCUGGGCGUGACUGCACUAAAAGAUUACUUCGAGGAUCGCCGAAGACUGGCCAGCGAUCGACGCGUCAAUAAUUCCACUUGUCGAGUUUACGUCGGGGAGGACGACAGGUAUGCAAAGGUGGCGUGGAAAGAUGUAAAGGUCGGUGACCUAGUUCAUCUCUCCAACAACGAACUCGUGCCAGCCGAUGUGUUGCUGUUACGAAGCAGCGAUCCUCAGGGCAUUGCUUACAUCGACACGUGUAAUCUCGACGGUGAAACGAAUCUGAAACAACGACAAGUCGUGAGAGGCUUCGUGGAUUUUCAGGACACUUUUCAACCCGCCAAAUUCCGAUCAGUAAUCGAAGUCGAUCAGCCGAGCACCAGAAUAUACAGGUUUCAUGGAGCCGUCGUUCAUCCGAACGGAGGUAGAGUACCUGUUUCGACGGAGAAUCUUUUGCUCAGGGAGUGUUUGUUAAAGAACACCGAUUUUGUCGAGGGAAUCGUGAUAUACGCCGGUCACGAAACGAAAGCCUUGCUCAAUAACGGUGGACCUCGGUACAAGUGUUCUCGCCUCGAGAAACAAAUGAACAGAGAUGUCGUGUGGUGUGUGGUGAUUUUGGUGGUGCUGUGCCUGAUCGGUGCAAUCGGUUGCCGAUUUUGGCUCUCCAACUAUUCCGGUUUGUCGUUCGUACCGUUUAUUCCCGUUCUACAAGACCCAAACUACGAGAGCAUGCUAACGUUUUGGACGUUCGUGAUCAUCCUUCAAGUGAUGAUACCCUUGAGUCUAUACGUCACUCUAGAAAUGGCGAAAGUCGGCCAGGUUUAUCACAUUGGUCACGAUGUCGCCCUGUACGAUGCGGAGACGGGACGCUCGGCUGAAUGUCGCGCGCUCAAUAUCACGGAGGAAUUAGGUCAGGUGCAGUACAUAUUUUCUGAUAAGACGGGUACGCUGACGGAAAACAAAAUGCUGUUCAGACGAUGUGUCGUGGGGGGUCAGGAUUAUUCGCACACGGGGGACGGUGAGAAUUUGGUACCUUCCUCGCGGCUCAAGGAAGAUCUCCUUAUAGGUACAUUUAGACAGCAUCUACAAGAAUUCCUAGUCGUAUUAGCGAUAUGUAAUACCGUUGUGGUCAAUUCUCAACCUCAUUACGACACUAUGAACUCUAGUGGAGUGAUCGAGGACCCUCAGCGGAACGGCGAUGAAACUGGAAGGUACACGAGAAUGAUAGACUCAAGAAGUUUAACGCCUUCGCCAGUUAUCCCUUUGUCCACGCUCUCGCAUCCCACGGAUAGCCUCGACGAAAACGUGUCGUCGAUUUCAUCGAUGGUUGAAAUCGAAUCUGUUUUAAAUAGCACCUCGAAACUAUCGAGUAAACUGCCUAGGCCAAAGUUUCUGAAUGUGACGACGAUACCUAGUUUAGGAUUGUUUGGAAGAAAAUUGUCUCCGAACGGAGCGCAGAAAAGACAGGGUCAGCCGAGUCCCGUUACCGAUACGAACGGCAAGAACGGAGGCGAGCUGUUACCUACCGCUGCGAUUUACGAAGCGGAAAGCCCGGACGAGCUCGCCUUGGUGAACGCUGCUUGCGCUUAUGACGUGAAGCUUCUUAAACGAACAGCACGUAGCGCGAUUGUCUGUUUGCCAGAUAAAUCUAUCCUUACUUUUGAGAUUCUUCAUGUUUUACCAUUCGAUUCUAAUAGAAAAUGUAUGUCCAUCUUAGUACGACAUCCUCUGACGAACGAGCUUGUCUUGUAUAGCAAGGGUGCCGACACGUCUAUACUGUCAUCCCUAGUUUCUCAAGAAGAGAAUUCCAUAACGACGAUUAAAGCUCGCCAGCAUUUGCAAUCUUAUGCACGUCAAGGUCUCCGAACCUUAGUGAUGGCUAAAAAAUCCCUGACUGCUCAGGAAUACGAGACUUGGCGACAAGCUCAUACAGAGGCGGAAUUGGCAAUGGAAAAUCGGGAAUUGCGUAUCAAAAAUUCGUACGCAUCUCUUGAAUCGCAUUUAACGCUUCUAGGUGCUACUGGAAUCGAAGACAAACUUCAAGCAGGUGUGCCUGAAACAAUGGCUACCCUAAUGGCAGCAGGGAUUGUAAUUUGGGUGUUAACAGGAGAUAAACCAGAGACAGCAGUUAACAUUGCAUAUUCAGCGCGUCUCUUUUCGCCAGCGAUGCAAUUAUUGUGGUUGCAAGCAAGGUCCAAAACCGUUGCAGAAACCUUGAUCCGUGGAUAUUUAGAAUCUGUUCGAAGAGAAAGUACGGCUCACAGCAAUGCACGAAGCGGGUCGAAUAACAGUAGAGAUAUUACGAUGCUUAAUAAUCGUGAUCCCGCGGAGAAUGAUGCUCAUCGAAUAGACAGUCCAUGGCCAAGACAACGUGCACUCGUUGUAGAUGGCAAGACACUGACCGUUAUUCUUGAUCCACGAUCAGGAUUGAUCCAACCAUUUCUUGAAUUGACUCAAAUGUGCUCCAGUGUGCUAGCAUGUCGAGCAACGCCUCUUCAGAAGGCGUACAUAGUGAGGGUAGUAAAGGAACAACUGGGAAUGAGAACUCUAGCAAUUGGUGAUGGUGCGAACGACGUUAGUAUGAUUCAAACAGCUGAUGUGGGAGUGGGUAUCUCAGGACACGAAGGUACGCAAGCUGUCAUGGCAGCGGAUUUUGCCGUUUCAAGAUUCUCCAUGUUGAGUAGACUUCUUUUAUUGCACGGACAUUGGUGUUACGACCGUUUGUCCAGGAUGAUCUUGUACUUUUUCUACAAGAAUGCUACCUUUGUCUUCCUUGUGUUUUGGUUUCAGUUGUACUGUGGCUUUACUGGAUCAGUUAUGAUGGACCAAAUUUAUCUGAUGUUGUACAAUUUGCUGUUCACAUCCAUGCCACCACUCAUAUUGGGUGUGUACGACCGAAUAGCUUCACCCGGUGUUUUGAUGUCUAUGCCUCAUCUCUAUAAAAGAGGACGGCUUGGACUGGUUUACAAACCAUACUCGUUUUGGUUAACCAUCGUUGAUGCUUUGUAUCAAAGUAUCGUAAUUUUUUUUGUAAAUGUGGCUGUAUACUAUGAUUCCACCAUCGAUAUAUGGGAAUUUGGAACUGCCGUAAUGACGUGUUGUAUCGUUGUUAUGUUAACACACGUUGCCAUAGAAAUUAGAUCUUGGACCAUAAUUCAUGUUUUUGCUGUAAUGGGAUCAUUAGGGAUAUUCUUUGGAUUCUGUUUAAUUUAUAACGUGGUUUGUGUUAAUUGCAUGGGUCUGCCAUGUUCAUAUUGGGUAAUGGAAGUCGCCAUCACCAGAUACACAUAUUGGCUUACAGUAGUGCUUACCUGUGUUCUAGCAUUAUUACCUAGGUUAUUUUAUAAAACGGUUAAAUCCACUAUAUUCCCAGAUCUCAUGCAAAAUGCUACGUUUAAUGUACAAUUAAAAGGUGGUAGCCGCAGACAACGAAUCGCGGAAAGAAGAGAAAAUAAUUUUAUCGCUGGUUGGUCACGUUCUACCCAACAUGCUACCAUUAGAACUGAAACCAAGAACGAUGCAUUGACAACGAUUGUUGCAUGACAGAACCUAAAAGGCCAAAUAAGACUGUUAGCAGAUUAUAGAACGAGAAUGAAAAUUACUGACAGUGCGACUACAGUAAGGUCAUUGAAGAAGAAAACAACACUUACUGUUCAACAUUUACUGUUCCUAAGGAGUGAAAAAGUAUUAUUAGGAAGUGUGUAUUAUUUCUAACGUGCAUUUCUGAACAAAGUUAUUUCGGAGAAACUAUAUUGUUCAUUGAAGUGAUAGUUUAAUUUUUGAUUCUCUUCACCGUUCAUUGAUCAAUAUUUUUUAAUUGAAUCGAGUGGCCUUAAAUCUCAGACUACUAUUCGUUGCAUUUGAUGGCUGUGACUUUUAGGGACCAAGACUGUUAGUCCAAUUGCUAUAUCAAUGACUACCGGAGGUUCGAGCAAGAGAUUCGCAUAGAUUCAUUUGUACGUGUACGCGCGUGUUGUGCAUCAAAGUAAAAUGUAGUUGCGUAGAAAUAUACAUACAAAAAUAUACAUAUAUUGUAAAAAGGUAUAUUAAUGUACAAUAUCUUUUACGAAAUCCAAAUCGUGUAUAUUAUAUACAUAUAUUGUAUAACAUAAGAGCGUUAAAACUGUGCAUUUCACACUCGCCAUUGUAUUAUUACUGUAAUUUUAAAAACAUACACGCGACAUGCCAAUAGAUACAAAGGUUUUAUCAAACGCAUUGUACAUAUAAUAUAUUGACAACAUGUUGCACGUGUUGAUAUAUAGUAUUUUGAUAAACAUAAGUUGCAUGUAUAUUGCAAUAUUAGUAAAAUCGAGUGUUAUUUAAACUUUUCCAAUUCAUUUAAUAUCCUCUAAGAUCUUACUUCUAUAGUUUUAAUUUGCCAUUGAUUCACUCUCUAGUUUUACGAUUUUCUCGUCGGCCCAUUUCAAACGCUAUGACCACGGUCCGCCUUUCACUUUUUCCUCUCUAUUAUUAUUGCAUUUAUAGAGCACAAAGUAUAAGUUCAGUGCAGUAAUUUGCGUAAAAGAGUUAAGGGAAUAAAUGAGCACCACUGGCUGAUGCGGAAACACGAAACCAUAGUGGGGAUAGGAUCGAAAGGUUGAAAGUGGAGUAUGGGGGGGUGAUCUUUUGGCGUGCUGCGGCAACGGUUGUACCAGACGCGUUUAGUAUUCUUUCUGCCAAAGACAGACAGAAUUUGCGUGUAUACAACUCACUCGGUGUUUCGGUUGAAUUGUGACGGUGUCUUUCGUUCAGAAAUUUUGCGAUCAACAGUGUUCUCAGUUUCGUGAAACGAAUUUCGUCGUUAUGAAAGAUCGAACCGUGACAUGACAUAUUAAGGACUACUCGAGUCUCGGAAUCUGUUCCUUUGUCGAGACUUUUUGCAUUUCUUGUUUCAACAUUACGUUAACUUUAUAUUUGCAACUUGGAGAAAGUAAUAUUACACAGUCACGUGAGAAAAUGUGAAAAUUAACAGGACGCAUUCUCUGACAAGGAUGAAAGGCUUUUCUACGUUGUUUAUUCGAUAAAACGCAAAGUAUAUAAUAAACGAAUUCAUUUAAAAAUG